AUGAUUCCGAGUGUUGUCCCGAGAUACCAAGCCGUCUAUCCCAUUCAGGAAUACUAUCAUCACUGCAGCAUUCACGAGCAAGAUACUCUAUUGCAAGUCCAACAGGGGAGCUGUUGGUUUCUUUUCCCGGCGUAUGUUCCAGUAGCCGCUACAAAUCAUCGGCUGUUGAACUCCGCCGCUCUCAGCUUUCUCCUCAGUAGUGACAGAGAUGGAAAUAUCGAGAAUGACAGUCGGGGAGAGGCAUCUGAACCUCCAAAACUGUACCAUACUUUAACAGCUUGCACACGAUGCAGAACUCGUAAAACCCGUUGUGAUGCCGGAUUACCGAAGUGUGGGCCUUGCGAGCGAAGUGGGGCGCACUGUGAAUUCUUCGAUUCGACAAAACAAAAGACCAUACCUAGAAGUUAUGUCGUCCAUCUACAAGCCAAAGUUCGGGCUCUGGAGGAGGAAAUAAAGAUGCGGGAGGCCUUGACACUUGAGGUUGAGACACCCAAUAUUGAAGACCUGGUAAGGGGGGUUGCCAUGGUGAAUUUCGCAGACUAUGAACAUUACAAAGAACCACGAUAUGUUGGAACUUCGAAUGGGUUCACUGUGACUCGAUUAGUUCUAGAGUCAGCAAAAAGAAAUUUAGGAUCCCAAACAUUCAAGGAUUUGACGACACAACAUCGGCGUACAUUUAGACAUGCGCUGCGAUCCAGUCCAGAUCCCGAGAAUCAUUAUCACAGCUCUGUUCCAGCAACAAAGCUUCCAAACCGUGAGAUUACUGAUAAACUUGUUGACCGAUUUUGCCAGAAAGCUCUUUAUCAGCUCCCAGUUUUACAUGAGCCGACGUUCAUCCAAGAUGUGGCCGAUGUAUAUUCCGGUUCAAUAGAUCCUUAUAAGAACUUCCAAUUGAAAAUGGUGUUGGCUAUCAGCAUGCAGAGGCUUUCACGGCAAUAUGCAACUAUUGCAGAUAGUUAUUUCCUGGCGGGACUGGAACACCUCGAAGAGGUUUUAGAAUCCAUGGACCACCGAACACUCCAGUGUUUGCUUGUUAUGGCACAGUAUGCUCUUGUCACACCUACUCGUAUGGCGGUGUACCAUAUAGUUGGCAUUGCUGUACGACUUUGUAUGCAACUUGGAUACCAUCAGGAACGAACAAUCAUGCUGAGCGAAAACCCCCUCGACUGUAUAACCAAGGAUAUGCGCAGGAGAUUCUUUUGGUCGUUGGCAUCUAUGGAAUACGGCCUUUCGCAUGUUCUGGGCCGACCUUCCUCCUUUGCUACAGCAGACUCAUUCGUCGAUGUUGGUUUUUAUGAGACUGUUGAUGACACUUGUAUAACUGUAGAAGGGAUAUUGCCCGGGCCCCCAUCUCCCAAAAAGUUGAUAUCUAUGCAUUUCUUUAGAAUGAGAAGAUUGCAGGCGGAGAUCCGACAAACUCUUUAUCAGAACCCAAGAGAAAACCCGAAGAGUGAUGAAGACCCUUGGUUUCAUGAAAUGAGUGCAAAACUUGAUAAUUGGAGAGCUACCUGCCCUCAGAACGAUCAAGGAAGUGGCAUGAGCUAUGACUGGUUUGACCAUAGAUAUCAUCUCAUGCGCAUCUUCCUUUUCCACCCAACCCCGCAGAUACCUCAACCAUCCCUUGAGGCCACCAUUCUAUGCUACGAUUCAUCAGUUAAAGGAAUCCACCUCCAAAAGAAGAUGUUCGACGAGAAAACCAUAGAAUUUACCUGGGUUUAUCUGCACCAGAUAUAUACUGCGACUCUGACCCUUAUCUGGGCAUUGUAUAAUGAGGGAAUUCGAGAGCUACAUUCGAAGGAGGAGGUGGAAUCCAACUUUGAGAUCAGCCUAUCACUUUUGACUGUACUGGCCGAACGAUGGCCUGGGACGGAAGCUGCAGCAGACUUAUUUGAUAGGCUAGCCCGGGCAGCAUUGCAAAGUUAUACCACAUAUCAAGGGAAAUCCCCAGUGUCAACGCACUCUUCGAUACCAUCACACUCCACUGCCACCUCACCAAGCCCUCAAAAGGAAUCUUCGCCACUUCAUAGGCAUUCAUCCCCAUAUGCUAGUUCUCCAAGUGUCCAGUCUGUAGAAGAAACUACUCCUAGUCCAGCGGCUUCUUGGGCUGCGAAUUACAUCGGAGGAUCACACCUUUUUGAGAAUAAUCCGAGUAGAAGCGCGUCAGGGGCAGAGGUUCCCCAGGCUCUGCAGGAUAUGAUGUUCAGUCCCCACCAAAUGUACGGUCUUUUUGGGAGCGGUCCAGGUGCUGGAACACGUCAUGGAAUUCCAGCAUUUGUAGGAGCCUGGGACCCCGUAAAUACCUUCCCUCAACACACAAUGGCCGCCCAGGCCAUUAAUCCAUUGGUGGAGGGUUCUCCAAUUCAGCAGCCAGAUGGAAGUUCCCACGAUCAUAGAGUGCUCAAUCAACAGCAACAACAGAGCGAGUUAAUGAGUAUCCUUGAAACUGAAGCAAUGGAGACUCUCGACGAUUCUCGACCCUGGGUACCUGAUUACGAUGAACACCUCCACUUUUAUUGA